AGCGGCGGCGGCGAGGAUGAAGUGCAAGCCGAACCAGACGCGGACCUACGACCCCGAGGGCUUCAAGAAGCGCGCCGCGUGCCUGUGCUUCCGCAGCGAGCGCGAAGACGAGGUGCUCCUGGUGAGCAGCAGCCGCUACCCCGACCGCUGGAUCGUGCCCGGCGGGGGCAUGGAGCCCGAGGAGGAGCCGGACGGCGCGGCGGUGCGUGAGGUGUACGAGGAGGCGGGAGUCAAGGGGAAGUUGGGCCGGCUGCUUGGCGUCUUUGAGCAGAACCAGGACCGCAAGCACCGGACCUACGUGUUCGUGCUCACCGUCACCGAGCUGCUGGAGGAUUGGGAAGACUCGGUCAGCAUCGGCAGGAAGCGAGAGUGGUUCAAGAUCGAAGAUGCCAUCAAGGUCCUCCAGUGCCACAAGCCCGUGCAUGCCGAGUACCUGGAGAAACUGAAGCUGGGCGGCUCCCCAUCUAAUGGAAACUCGGCCGCCCCGUCCCCGCCGGAGAGCGAGCCCUAGUGAAUGGAAUAAAUGUUGUUCAGAUUUACUUUGAAAGAAUCAAGUAUGUGACCCCAAUGAUGAAUGGAAUUGUGAAGCACAGGUGAGCUCUUUGACAUCCCCAAGGACACAGCUCACCCUAUGCUUUUGGACACUGCUUUCCUGUUAUUAACAAUGGCUAGACUUCAGGUUGUUGCACUACCACUGUAUCUGUACAGAAGUCUAUUUGGCACCUGUGGCCUUUUUGUGCUUUUGUCUGUAUUUCCCCAUCAGAUAUGACCUUGAAUGCAAAGAACUUGCUUUCUUAGUCUUUUUAUAUCUAGCAUACAUUACUUGAUAUAUGGUAGGCGUCACUGAAUAUUUGUUUAAUAUUUUGUAAUGAUAACGAAUGGUAAAACAUCCCUCUUCUAAUCUCUCUAGCAUAUAUGUGGCUUUUGUAUAUCAGGUGUCUCGCAACUAUUUCAAGGCAGCUGUGAAUAGUAGCAAAGAUUCAUAUUCAUAUGUCUGUGUUAUCCCAGACAUUAUGUACCUCCUACAUUUGCCAAAAUUUUGAACCUAAAUUUAACUGUGCCUCUAGACAUAAUUUCUCCUCUAUAGAAAAUUCAGGAGACAGAGAAACAGUUUACUGUAUAUCAAACAGAUGAGAUUCAUAGAAUCCUGACUUCAAGAAAACACAGGACAGAUGAUUCAGUUUCUUCAGUAUAUAAGUCACAAGGAUGAAAGGAAAGGGUGGUGGUUAAACCUGUGCAUUGAAAAAAGGCUUCAGAGAGUGAUCAGUACUUGCAUGGAUCUUAUUUGGAUCCUGAUUUGAUCAAACUAUAAGAUGAAUUAGUUUAUCAGACAACUAGAAUAUUUUGAGCAUUGGCUAGAUAUUUUCACAUUCAUUAUUAUAAUACUGUUGUUAUAUUGGAGAAAAGAAUUCUUAUCUGCAUUCAAAUAUUUACAGUUGAAAUGAUAUAAUGUCUGGGAUUUGCUUCAAAAUGUAUCUAGAUAUUAAACACAUUGGACAUACUCAAACAAGAUUGGCCUUCAAGAUGGUUGAAGCUGAAUGAUGAUUAAAUGAUGUUCAUUAUAUAUGGUCAUCUCUGCUUUUGUAUGUUUGACAUUUUCCAUAAUAAAAAAAGUUACCCAAAA